CGUUUCCGUUAACUGGCGAACAACAAUGACUCGCUCAGAAACGCAACAGGCUACCAAAAUAGUGGUGCGUCUAUAAAAGCAACAGCAACUGAUUUUCAUAUUCAUUUCAUCAUUUAUUUAACGCGUGAGAACUCGCCAUGUGGUCGAAAGUAACGCUAGUCGGCUUAGUAGGUGUAGUCGCGCUCGUCGCUGUUGCGAGCGCACAGAAUGAUGGACGCUAUCGCCCCACGCCCACGCUGCCUUAUUAUCAGCGGCCACGUACAACACGUCUCCGUCCUACGGUCAUUGGUGACGGACGUUAUCGUCCGAGUAAUGAUGGGCGUUAUCGGGGCGCAAGCGAUGGACGCUAUCGCGGUGGUAAUGAUGGACGGUAUGUGCACCAGGAUGUGCCCUAUGUGCAUGACGAUCGCGCCGGAGGACAAUAUGAAGGCGAUAAGGACCGGUUUGGACCUGGCGGUGGUGCCGCCGGUGCGUCCGGUGCGUUCGGAGGCGCUGGGCGAUCACGUGCGGGCGGUAAUGCGCUGGGUUCGGCUGGAUCAGCUGGUAAUCGCGCGACUUUGCCAGCGCGUACAACAACAACACGAAGACCGACACCAAAAACAACCGCAGUUACACCAGCACUACCAAAGGGCAGCGGAACGGGUGAGGGUGGUGGUGGUUGGCGCAUUCUGCAGCUUUUCGAUAAGGAGGAGAAGGACGGCUAUCAGUAUAUUUAUGAAACAGAGAACGGCAUUUUGGCGGAGGAAAGCGGACGCAUCGAACAAUUAGCUCCGGAAAAGGAAGGUUUACGUUCGACGGGCUUUUACGAAUACACCGGCGAUGAUGGUUUGCUCUACCGUGUCGAUUAUGUGGCCGACGAUAAUGGUUUUGUGGCGCGUGGUGCGCAUAUACCUACUCCACCACCAUAUGUUGCCAAACUGUUGGCAUACUUGGCCGCGAACGCCAAAAAUUAGUUAUUUCAAAUUGUAUUUAUAUUAAAUUCAUUAAAUCGAAGUGUGUUUUCAUCAAUAAAUCUCGUUGAAUUU